UUCUCAGCGAGAGUACCUCACUGAUAGCUCUGUUUCCCUCCCUCCCUUUCUCCCUGCUUUUGCUCAGCCCUCUCUACCUCUGAUACUCACACUCUCUCUAUAACUCUCUCUCUCUCAGUCAAACAGAGGAUUCUCCAUAGCCAGCUGUAGCUGAACGUGAUUCUCACUUCUGUGAUUGUUUCACUGAUGCUUUCUUCCCCCCCUUUCUCUCUCUCUCUUUCUCUCUCUUCCGAUUCUGCCGAUGCUGACAUCCUGUACGUGGAUGCUGCUAAGGUGCACAAAGAGUGAAGGGAAUAGGAGAGAACUUUUAAGGCUGCUAUGAAUGCACUUUCUCUUGAAUCAAGACACGUUAGAUUGGUUGAUUUGCUGUCGAGAGACGAGUCAACAGUGGAAGGGUUUUUGUUGUAGUCGAUGACUCAUUUAGGUCAUUUUCCUCCUUCAGGACUCCUGGAUAUAAAUUUAUUUUCCUUUGCUCCACCUGUGGGUUUCCUUUCUACACUCUGUGGGGACUUUUAUGGAGUGUGAAAUUUGUCCAGCAAGUGUGAAGUUUGACAGAGCAUGGCCAGUGGAACCACAGCUGAGUGUUGAACCUCUUCUGUCCAGUAAGGCAGCCCAGACAUGACAACAGUGUCCAUGGAGCCUGUGGGAGUCCUGGUGGAAAGGGGCGGCAAUGCAACUGACCCUCCUCUGAACUCACUUGAAGAUACAGCCGCCACCUUUACCAUUGGAACCAUCCUCUCCAUCAUGUGUCUCAUUGGAGUCUCCGGGAACAUCUACACCCUGGUGGUGAUGUGCCACUCCAUGAGGUCUGCAGCCUCCAUGUACAUCUACAUCAUAAACUUAGCUUUAGCAGAUCUGCUGUAUCUUCUCACCAUCCCCUUCGUAGUCUGCACACACUUCCUGAAGGGAUGGUACUUUGGAGAUGCAGGGUGUCGGAUUCUGAUAAGCAUGGACUUCCUGACUAUGCACGCAAGCAUCUUUACUCUGACAAUCAUGAGUACAGAACGCUACUUUGCAGUGCUCAAGCCACUCGACACAGUGAAACGAUCGAAAAGUUAUCGGAAAGCUAUUGCCCUACUUGUCUGGGUAGCUUCUCUAAUCCUCACCCUACCGAUGAUCGUGAGAAUUCAACUGAUGGCAGUGGGCACCAAGCCUAUGUGUCAGUCCACUUUGUCACCGCUCUCCUACAAGAUUUACAUCUCCUUCCUGUUUUGCACUAGCAUUGUCGCUCCAGGACUGAUUAUUGGCUAUCUUUACAUCCAGCUUGCACGCACUUAUUGGAUUUCACAGACAGAGACAUUCAAGCAGACCAAAAAAUUACCAAAUCAAAAGGUGCUCUACUUGAUCUUUACAAUCGUGCUCCUCUUCUGGGCAUGCUUCCUGCCCUUCUGGAUCUGGCAACUACUGGGUCAGUUUCACCCCUCGUUGCCUCUCUCCACCAAAGCCAAACGUAACAUCAACUACCUGACCACAUGCUUGACGUACUCCAACAGCUGCAUCAACCCGUUCCUCUACACAUUGCUCACCAAGAACUACAAGGAGUAUCUGAGGAAGAACAAGCGCUUGUGGACAACUGGCAACUACUUCAACAGGAGGAGUCGUUUUCAACGUUCACCGCGUAGAUCGCCAUCUGCCAGCAGUCAGCAGUGCACUGAGAGCUUCAUGCUCACGCACACGGCAUCACUACGAGCUCAUAACAGCAGUUUGUGAGAUAUGACUGAGAGCUGUGAGGGGACAUAAAAAGAAGAAGCAGUUGGAGACACAGAUGGGAGCAGAGCCCGAACUCCACUUCACUCCAUUCGACCACAAGUGAGACUGAGGACAGAGAAGAUGUCUUGAGUAUUUUGUUUUUUAACAUGUGCGGACACAAUUAUGUUAAAUGAACACCUGGAGGAACCAGUGCUGUUGGACACAAUGUACAAAACAGAACCCCCUCCUCACCACCCUCGCAUGCAUAUUCAUCACUUGCAGAACUUCCUGUUGCACAGAGAGAGACCAACGUCUCAAAAAACACAGACUCGUCAUAUUUUUUCGGGUUUUCUCCCAUGCUUGCUUUCUGUGCUUGCGCUGGGUCAGCCUGCAUGCUGGCCCAGGUCAAGCUGUUAUUUCCUGGUGACUGAGAGAGGUGUACAGUGCAUGCUGCUGACGCACAAGUGGGAGGAAAAACAGGAAUCGAGGGUUUGAUUUUGAAUAACACAUAAAAAACAAAAACAAAAAACAAUGUACUUACGUUGGUCAAGUGGCAAAAUAUUACACAAUGUCUUUAGCUGGUCCUUGCGACCCCUUCUUGGAGGGCACUGUAAAUGUUUUGUUCUUCAAAACAGCAGGUAGAAAAAGAUACCGACUACAAAUGAAGACAAAUUGUAAAUGCUAAAACAUGAAUGCUGUUAUGAACUUCUAAACUCCCACUCUCUUGAUUUCCUGUUUUAUAAAGAGCGCUCAUGAGAUACUCCAAAAUUAAUGGAGCCCUAAGGAGGUGUAAUCCAAAUAUGUACAUUGUGUGGUGAUUUUCUGCAACCACCGUAAAGAGCUGCUUUUCUUUACUGGUGUGCUCAUCUGCUCUGGUUUGUAUGGAAGCUUGUUUCUGCCACUGAAAAUGUUUUUUUUUAGCCAUCCAUAACUCAAGAUGUUGUGUUAUGUAUCUCAAAAUUUUUAGUUAAUCAGCUAAAACGUUUAAGAAAAUAACUGCUAAUCAGGAAGCGCUGUAGUCAACAUGACUGUUAUACUAUGAGGUGCUUACCAAAAUUAACCAUCAUUUCGAUGUUAUCCGGAAGCAGAACAUGGAAGGCAUUAGCUACCAGUGCUAUAGCUAAGCUAGCAAUGCUACAACUACGCUAGCAGCAUUCGGCUGAGUUACCAGCGCUACUGCUGUUUGUCAUAAAUGUUCAAAUGUUCAAGCAUCGGGUUAGCUUAGUGGGAUGAGCAGGUGACCAUAUGCUAUAUGGCCAGGGAGAGCAGUAGACCCUGGUUUGAUUCUAACCCGUGAGCCUUUGCUGCAUGUCUUCCCCUCUCUCCCCAGUUUCCUGUCUCUUUACACUGUUACUAUUGAAUAAAGGCUAAAAUGGCCCAGUAAAAUAAAUAAAUGUUCAAACUGCUGAGUACUCUCAGCAUGGCUUUACAAAUGAUGAAAUGUGCUAUUAGCUGACUCACAGGCAUUAGCAGAAAAGUAGCUUGUUCAUGUUUACUACAUUUCGGUAGCACAUUGAUGAUAUCACUACCUGAUUUUCAGUAUGCAUUUGUCUAUGCCAUCUGCUUCUGGGUAAGCAGCUUCCUGAUUUGCAGAGUUAAGUCAAAAUUCCAACAAAAUAACUCAAAAUUUCAAGUCAUGCUUGUCCUCUUUUCUCCUCUCUUGAAUUCCUACCAACCAAUAACAUCAAAUAGCAAAAUACUGGCAUCUUUUAGAAAAACAGCUUUCAUGUAAGUAAAACUAAUGGUUAUUUGUAGUGUUUUAUUUCAGUGCAGACACAUUAUUGAUUGUGUAUUUGUGAAAAUAAAAAUAAAAUAUGUGCUUUCGUUGUCUAGAAGCAGGUGUAAAUAACUAUUUUAGCCAUUUAGCUUCAUCCAGUCUUGUUGAGGCUUUCUUGUGAGCAACCCUGCUGCACCCUCUGGUUGCAUUACGGCCAAUUUCUGUACAAAUGGAUGGGAAAUUGAAUGGCUGUUGUAGAUUGGCUGCUAGGUGCAAUUUUUUUUUUUUUGCGCUCUAAAUGUAAAGCCAUCUUAAAUAGAAGCCUUUUCAAAACGACAGGAAAAAGGAGAAAUUUCAACUCUUCUUGCCAUGCCCAAAAAUAAAAAUCAAUAAUCCAUCUUAAACUGGUUCUAUUAUUCUUUUCCCCUUUUUCAAGUCAUAAAGAUAUUGUUAGCCAAAAAAUCCAGCUCCAGACUGCAUGGUCUUAACCUGGAUUCAAAACAUGUUUUUUUUCUACAGAGCCAAGUUUGAUGUCAGAUAUCCCAAACAGCACUCUCUGAAACACAUGGCUCUGGCUGUGAGCACAGAAGCUACAGAAACCUGCUGUUUACAUCUUUUUUCUGUAAGAGUCAUAAGAAACUUGCCUUAAAAAACGAGGAAAGGAAGCAAAAAAUGGCUUAUUUUUGAGAUCUGAGCUGAGGUGCUCAACCAGGCCAAGUUCAUCUGUAUAGCACAAAAUCACAAUUGCUGCCACAAGGAACUUUUUACCCAACAGUAUUGGGUGGGGGGGAAACAACAAUCAAGCAAUAGGUGAUGAUGGGAAGAAAAAAAAACUUCACUUUUGAUAAAACCUUUAGCAGAAUCAGGCUCAGUGAGGGGUAGCCAUUUGCUGUGACCGGUUGGUGGUGUGGGAAAUAAGAAAUGAAAAAGGCGAGUAAGGAUAGGCGGUCCUCUUUAAAGCUCUGCAUGUGACGCACUUUGUGGUCACUUGUGGGUGAAUUUUUUUUCCUUUGUUACCUGCUUCCAGGCAAAGCUAGCCAGGUGUCUGUGAUUGCAUCACAAAAACUGUAAAGAAUAAAGAGUUAGGAGAUCACCCCCCAUGACAAAGUUCAAAUCUGUGUUUCUUAGUUAGUCUGUGUAAACCAGGGGUGGGGGUACUUCAGGCCUGAAGGCCCACAGUCCUGCAGGUUUUAGAGCUCACCCUGGUUCAACACACCUGAAUCAAAUGAUUAGUUCAUUACCAGGCCUCUGGAGAACUUCAAGCCAUGUUGAGGAGGCAAUUUAGCCAUUUAAAUCAGAUGUGUUGGAUCAAUGACACAUCCUAAACCUGCAGGACACCAGUCCUCGAGGCCUGGAGUUCCCCUGGUCUAAACUGGCAAGAGCCAGCUCCCCGUUUUCAGAAAAAUAUCUUAUUUUUCUUCUACUCACACCACGGUAUUGAUACUGAUGCACAGUAUUUUUCGUCACUUAAUGAGUAGUUAGUAAAACAAAAAACAAAAAAUCUUUCAUGCAAAUUCAGUUUUCAUGUUCUGCAAUCCGGUGGUCCAUAGCGAGAUUAAAGCGGUGACAUGAUUCAGCCCGCUCAGUGAAAAUCCUUUUUUCCAUCUCAUCCCUGUGAUGCAGCGUCUAGCUAGCGGUACAGAAGUUUUUCAAAUUUCAAAUUCAGUGUUUCACACAGAGCAACAUGUAGCUUAUGAUACGCAACCACUUUAUUUGGAGUUUGGCACAAAAUUUAACAGCAAGUUAAGGGAACAGUUGCAGUUUUAUCCAGGGAAGAAAAACAAAUGUUAAUGUGUAAUCAUUUAUUCUCAAAAAGAUAAAAAAAUAAAACAGGAGAUUUCUAAUGUAAUCUUUAAAUUUAAAGCUUAAAUCUAAUGUCCUUUAAGUUUUUAUUAAUCAGAUAUACGAUCUGUACUGCUGAAGCGAUCUGGAUAUUUCAUAUUGCACGCUAUACCUGAGCUAAGAGUUCUUCCUCCUGCCAAAUCCCGUAUUAAUACCUGGUGUUUUCCUCUGCAAAAAGCUUUCAGAGUCAUGGGUUUGUUCCCCCACUGCAUCUCUUGGAUUGCCAUGAACUGAUGAACAAAUAUAGCCUAUUAGCUUUGUCUUUAAUGGGAUUGAAUCUAAAUUAGCGCUAUGGCUUGCAAUAUCCUGUAUUUUCUUGCAUAGAAAAAAUGUUUGAAGAACAGUCCAAAACAAAUAAUGAAUAGGUCUCAAAUGUCUUUAUAGCUAUGUGUAGCUUUAGCUUGAUUCACAAACUGCUAAAAACACAUCAAUAUGGUUAGAGCACAGCAUGAUAGCACUGUGUUGUUGUUUUGCCUAGACUGUCAUAAUAAUGUUGGUACACAAUCAACACUACACUGACCAACAACCUUGUCUUAGCAUUCACUUAGCAUUAGCCAAGCUGUUAAAACUAUUGCAAGCCAACAAUAUCACAUAAAAAUUAAUAAAGAAAACACUUUCUUCCAUCACCCCUAAGCAGUCAUGACAGAUGGCCGUCCCUCCCUGAGCCUGGUUCGGGCGGAGGUUUCUUCCUGUUAAAAGGGAGUUUUUCUUUCCCACUGUCACCAAA